AUGCUGCUAGUGCUGCAUGCUGCACGCGCCGUCGAGCUAGGCAUGUCGCGCACGGAGCCGCUCUCGCUGUUCUCUGCGGCUUUGCUGGUCUCGGAUCACGAUGUCUCGUCGCCGCAUCAUGAGCAUCCGGUCCAAGGCCGGUUUGCUGCCAGCAUGGCGCGCACUGUUCAUGCUGCCCACCUGCACCCGCAUCUGCGGAACACCAAUCUGCUUCUCCACGAGAUCCCUGUGCUCAAAGUGCUCUCGGCGGACAUGGCGCCCGACCUCGGCCCGAUCUACGGCCGCGUGGUCUCGGUCAGCCACUCGGACGACGGCGCAGAGCUGAUGAUCAUCGGUCGGGUUGUCGACUCGCCAGACACGCCGCUGUCUGCCGAGGACCGGCUCGCCGGCUCACCGUCGCACUUUGCCGCUGGCGGGCGGUUCACUCUUCAUGUCUCCCACUCUGGCGAGCACGUCUCGGGCGAGGUCUCGCUCUUUGAUCACGACACUGCGUUCCGAUGGGAGACGAAUGCCGAGGCCGGCGACGGCCACGUUCUACUUCGGCGCAUCCACAUCGACGAGCACAUCUGUCGCCAGGACGCCAUUCCUCCUUCGGCCGGUGACAGCGACUACGACCCGGCCCAGGAUACCAUUGCGACUCGGGUCCUCAAUCCGCCCAGCCACAACUCAAAGCCGGGCUCGCCGUACGUCAUCUUCCUCGACUUUGACGGCCACGACGCCACGGGUUCGGCGUGGGGCGACGUCGUGACCGGUCCGUACGACAUCGAUUCCAACACCAACUCGUUCUCGACCACCGAGCUCACGCGCAUCUCCAAAAUGUAUGAGCUCAUGGCCGAGGACUACGCCCCGUUCGAGAUCACUGUCACCACCAUCGAGUCGGUCUACAACGCUGUGUCAGAAUCACGCCGUGUCCGCUGCGUCUUCACCAUCACUGACGCGUGGUAUCCGGGCGGCGGCGGCGUUGCCUACGUUGGCGUCUUCUCGCAGCCCAGCCAGUACUACCAGCCGGCGUGGGUCUUCACCAAGCGGCUCGCCGGCGGCGAUGCCAAGUCGUGCGGCGAGGCCGGCUCGCACGAGGUCGGCCACAACAUGGGCCUCUCCCACGAUGGCACCUCGUCGGUCGGCUACUACCAGGGUCACGGCUCGGGCAUCACCGGCUGGGGCCCGAUCAUGGGUGUCGGCUACUACCAGGACCUCAUUCAGUGGUCUCGUGGUGAGUACGCCGACGCCAACGAGCAGCAGGACGAUCUGGCCAUCGUUGGUGGCUCCUCAAACGGCUUCGGCUUCCGCGCCGAUGACCACUCAGACUCUCGGACCUCGGGUGCAACUCUCAAUGAUGGCUCCACUCCAGCCGGUACCGGCUUCAUCUCGACCCGUACCGACGUUGACUACUUUAAGAUCACUAUCGGCUCGUCGGGCUCAAUGACCUUUACUGUCCAGCCAACCUCGACUGAGUUCUAUAACCUCGACAUCGAGGCCCGGCUGUACGCCGGCUCGUCACUCGUUUCGACUGUCAACCCAUCGGCCGAUGUCAAAGCCGUCGUCACCUACUCGGGCGUCGCCGGCACUACCUAUUACCUCCGUGUCGACGGCGUCGGCAAGGGCUCCGCAACUGGAACCGGAUACACAGACUACGGCUCGCUCGGCGAAUACGAGAUCUUGUACUCGGGUCCGGCCUCGGGCACGCCUGCGUCGUGUGGCAACUCGAUCGUCGAGGCUGGCGAGCAGUGCGAUCCGCCAUCACAGGCCUGCUGCACCUCGACCUGCCAGUUCCGGCCGUCGUCGUACACCUGCCGGUCGGCGGUCGGCGUUUGCGAUGUGGCCGAGACCUGCACCGGCUCGUCGGCUGGCUGCCCGGCCAACGCUGUGGCGACGGCGGGCACGACCUGCCGCGCAUCGACCGGCCCAUGCGACGUGGCCGAGACCUGCAACGGCGCUUCCACGAGCUGCCCGGCCAACGGCUUCCGGUCGACGGUGUACGUCUGCCGCGCUUCGGCGGGCGUGUGUGAUGUGGCCGAGACCUGCACCGGCUCGUCGGCGUCCUGCCCGGCCAACGGGUUUGCGUCGUCGGCUACGGUCUGCCGUGUCGCAUCGGGCGUGUGCGAUGUGGCCGAGAGCUGCACCGGCUCGUCGGCGUCCUGCCCUGCCAACAGCUUUGCGUCAUCGGCUACGGUCUGCCGUGUCGCUUCGGGCGUGUGCGAUGUGGCCGAGACCUGCACCGGCUCGUCGGCGUCCUGCCCGGCCGAUGGCUUUGCGUCAUCAUCUGCAGUUUGCCGCCCGUCGGCCGGCCCGUGCGAUAUUGCCGAAACUUGUACCGGCUCGUCGACAGCCUGUCCAUCCAAUAGCUUCCUGAGCUCGUCGACGGUUUGCCGGCCGUCAGCCGGCGUGUGCGAUAUGACCGAGACGUGCUCUGGCUCGUCAUCGAGCUGCCCGGCGGAUGGUUUUGCAGCGCCGUCUACGGUCUGCCGCAGCUCGGCCGGUCCCUGCGAUGUGGCCGAGAGCUGCACCGGCUCGUCGGCGUCCUGCCCGGCCAACGGGUUUGCGUCGUCGGCUACGGUCUGCCGUGUCGCAUCGGGCGUGUGCGACGUGGCCGAGAGCUGCACCGGCUCGUCGGCGUCCUGUCCUGCCAACAGCUUUGCGUCAUCGGCUACGGUCUGCCGUGUCGCUUCGGGCGUGUGCGAUGUGGCCGAGACCUGCACCGGCUCGUCGGCGUCCUGCCCGGCCAACGGGUUUGCGUCGACGUCGACGGUCUGCCGCCCAUCGGCUGGCUUGUGCGAUAUUGCCGAAACUUGUACCGGCUCGUCGGGAUCCUGCCCCGCCGACAGCUUUCGGGCGCCGUCAUUCACCUGUCGCGCUUCAGCGGGCGUGUGCGAUGUGGCCGAAACGUGCACCGGGUCAUCGGCAAGUUGCCCGACGGACACCUUUGUCAGCCCGUCAACCAUCUGUCGGCCAUCAGCCGGCGUGUGCGAUGUUGCGGAGAGCUGCACGGGUUCGUCAGCGUCCUGCCCGGCCAAUGGGUUUGCAUCGUCGGCCACGGUUUGCCGCGCGUCUGCGGGCGUGUGCGAUGUGGCCGAGACCUGCACCGGCUCGUCAGCGUCCUGCCCAGCUAACGGGUUUGCGGCAGGUGGAACGUCUUGUGACGACUCGGACACGUGCUCAAGCCCGGAUACAUGCGACGGAUCGGGUGUGUGCUCCGGACCGUCGGUGUGCGCGUGCGGUAACGGGGUUGUCGAGGGCGCAGAGCAAUGUGAUGAUGGCAACCUGAUCGACGGCGACUGCUGCUCAUCAAGCUGCCAAAUCGAGCCGAGUGCUACGGUGUGUCGUCCAGCUGCCGGCCCUUGUGAUGUAGCGGAGACCUGCGGUGGUGCGUCAUCAUGCCCUGGCGAUACCGUUGCGUCGGCGUCGACCGUCUGCCGACCAUCGGCGGGUGUGUGUGAUGUGGCCGAGACCUGCACCGGCUCGUCGACGAGCUGCCCGACCGAUGGCUUUGUGAGCUCGGCGACUAUCUGCCGACCGUCGGCAGGUGUGUGCGAUGUGGCGGAGAGCUGCACCGGCUCUUCUGCGAACUGCCCCAUCGAUGGCUUUGCAUCGACAAGCACUGUAUGCCGGUCGUCGGCUGGUGUGUGCGACGACGAGGAGACAUGCAGCGGGAGCUCGGCGGCUGUGUCGGCCAUCGGCUGGGUGUGCGAUGUGGCCGAGACGUGCACCGGCUCGUCGGCAAGCUGCCCGAGCAAUGGGUUUGCGGCAUCAGCCACAGUCUGCCGUCCGUCUGUCGAUGUGUGUGAUGUGGCGGAGAGCUGCACGGGCUCAUCGGCAAGCUGCCCAGCCGAUAACUUUGCGUCGUCGGCUACGGUCUGCCGGGCGUCGGCUGGCGUGUGUGAUGUGGCGGAGAGCUGCACGGGCUCAUCGGCGAGCUGCCCAUCCGAUAACUUUGCGUCGUCGGCUACGGUCUGCCGGGCGUCGGCUGGCGUGUGUGACGUGGCCGAGACGUGCUCUGGUGGCGGGCCAAACUGCCCAGCCGAUGGCUUUGCAUCGACGAGCACGGUGUGCCGGGCAUCGGCUGGGCCGUGUGACGUGGCCGAAACGUGCACUGGAUCAGAGGCGUCCUGCCCUGCUGAUUCCUUGCGCUCGUCGAGCACGGUGUGCCGACCGGCAGCUGGGCCGUGUGAUGUUGCUGAAACGUGUACCGGGCUGAUUGCGUCGUGUCCUGUAGACACGUUUGCGUCGCCUACGACCGAGUGCCGUGCCGCAGUCGACGUGUGCGACGUGGCCGAGACGUGCUCGGGUGGCGGGCCAAGCUGCCCAGCCGAUGGCUUUGCAUCGACGAGCACGGUGUGCCGGGCAUCGGCUGGGCCGUGUGACGUGGCCGAGACGUGCUCGGGCUCGUCAGCGUCUUGCCCUGCCAACGCCUUUUCAUCGUCGGCCACGGUGUGCCGGCCGUCGACGGGCGUGUGCGAUGUGGCCGAGACGUGCUCGGGUUCGUCAGCAACCUGCCCGAGCGACGGCUUUGCACCGACCAGCACGGUCUGCCGCGCUGCGGUGGGCUUGUGCGACGACGCCGAGACAUGCACCGGCUCGUCAGCGGCAUGCCCAGCUGACUCUUUCAAGUCGGCAUCGACGGUGUGUCGAGCGGCAGCGGGCGUGUGCGAUGACGCCGAGACAUGCACCGGCUCGUCGGCGGCAUGCCCGGCUGACUCGUUCAAAUCAGCAGCGACGGUGUGCCGGGCGGUGACCGGGCCGUGCGACGCCGAGGAGCGAUGCAGUGGGAGCGGGCCCGACUGCCCAGCAGAUGGGUUCCUCAGCAGCGCGACUGCGUGCCGGGCAGCGGCUGGGCCGUGCGACAACGCGGAGACCUGCACCGGAAGCUCUGCGGCGUGUCCGGCCGAUUCGUUCAAGAGCUCGGCGACAGUGUGCCGCCCUCUGGCUGGGGUGUGCGAUGUCGAGGAGGUGUGCAGCGGGAGCUCUGCGGCGUGCCCGCCCAACGUGCGGCGUGCCGGCGAAGUUUGCCGGUCUGCAGCCGGGCACCUAUGCGAUCAGCCAGAGGUGUGCAGCUCGAGCUCGGACGACUGCCCCCCGGAUGCCUAUCUUCCGAACGGAACCCCGUGCGACAACGGGCAGAGCUGCGACGGGGCGUCGGACACAUGCGAUGGCACUGGGGCAGACUCGUGUCUCGGGGCUGAUCCUUCGGGCUGCACGUUCACCUGUGGCGAUGGCAUCCUGGAGCCGCCAAUGGAGCAGUGUGACGACGGGAACACGGCCGACGGCGACUGCUGCUCGUCGACGUGCCAGUACGAGUCGACGAGCCAGACGUGCUCGACGCCGACGUGCAACGGGCAGUGUGACGGGUUGGGCAUGUGCAAGACAGCGCCAUUCUGCUGUCUCACCGACGCCCAGUGCGACGACGGGCUUGACUGCACGAUCGACACCUGCGACGAGGUGUGCCAGAACGUACCGGCGCCGGCCGGAACAAGUUGCGACGACCAGCAGGACUGCACGAUCAACGACGCGUGCAACGGCGUCGACUCGGUGUGCGUGGGCGAGAACAGCUGCCCUGGCGGAUGCGGGCUCAACGGGAUCUGCUGCCACUCGGUCUGCGAGUGCAAGUUUGGAUGGGACACGGACCCGUCAUGCUCGAUCGGCCCUGACCCGCUUAACCUUGGCUUUGCGCUUGAGCACGUAGUCGAUGCAAGCCGCGACGGGUGGGCGUACUCGCUGGUGGUACCAGGCGGGAUUGACAUUGUUGUCUCGGUGCGCGCCCGCGGCGGUGCCGGCACGCGUGCGGCGUCGGGUGUCUACCUUUACGGCUCGUUCUCGGAAAUUCCAGACCGGCCGAACGGACUUGUCCUCCACGAGUACCGGUCCGAGACACCGGAGAAUGCAGAGCAGUCGUUUGUGGUCAACUCGACACGGUCGGGGCUGCUGUUUGUGUCGGUCUUCCGGGCGCAAGGCGUGGCGUCGUCCGAGUAUGAGCUAUACGCCGGCGAUAUCAAGACCGGUCGGACGGCACCGUCGUCGCCGAUCUCGCUCGAGAACGCGCAAAGCAAGCCGUGGCUGCUUAUUGCUGUCGGGACGGUGCUCACUGCAUGUUGCCUCCUCACGGUCGCUGCUGUGGUUGUUCGCAAGCGGCGCGCGGCGUCCAAGGCCGGCAUGAUGUUUGGGGUGUACGAGGGUGACGGCGACGUGACGAUUGACCUUGCGCCGCUCGAGGAUCCUAUCGGCCUCCCACCGACAGCGCCUUUUGUGGCUGUGGCUCCCACGUCCCCGGCCGCGCCUGCAGCUCCGUCGAGCAUCGAGACCUACCAGGCAGUUUACGCGUUUGCCGGUCGCGAGGCGGACGAACUCUCGUUCCAGGCCGGCGACAUGCUGGAGGUGAUCGAGGAGUUUGAUGACGGGUGGUGUCGCGGCCAGGUGAAGGGCAGCAAUGUGCAGGGCAUUUUCCCGCUCAACUAUGCCAAGCCUGCUGGCGGCGCGCUGCCGCCACCACCGCCGCCGAAGCCGGGAUACGAAGCAUAAAUGUGUUUGCUUGUC